UACCUAGUGAGAGACGUGCCUCCUGAAAAAACAAACAAUCGCGCCCGAAAGUUUCAGUGCUAAAUAAUGCCGCGGCCGACCCGCGAAUCAUACGGAGACCAGAAACCACCGUUCUCCUAUAUCGCGCUCACCGCUAUGGCGAUCUGGAGUUCGCCUGAAAGAAUGCUGCCACUUUCGGAGAUCUACCGCUUCAUCACAGACCGAUUUCCUUACUAUAGAAGAAACACGCAGAGGUGGCAGAAUUCACUGAGACACAAUCUGUCGUUCAACGACUGUUUCGUGAAAGUGCCGCGAAGGCCGGAUAGGCCGGGCAAAGGUGCAUACUGGACUCUACAUCCCCAAGCCUUCGAUAUGUUCGAGAAUGGAUCGCUUCUUCGCAGGCGGAAGAGGUUUAAGCUUCACAAGGGGGAGAAGGAUAGUUUGAAUGCUGAAUUGGCCGCACUUGCAAGCUUCAAUAGAGCGUUCAUGGCGCGGCAGGCUGGUGGGACUCCCGGGACGGCUAUGUCUGGAGGAAGUAUGUUUGUUACGCCUGGAGCGAUGUGUUCUAGACCCAGCCCGGAUCUGAUUGACGGACCAGACACCGCGGCACUUUUGCCGUCGGGAACAAGACCAAGAAGAGCUUUUACGAUCGAUGCUUUGCUUGAACCGGAGCCUCGGAGUUCCUCGCCAUGUUCACCCCCUCCUCCCCCCCUUCAGCCUCACUACCCGAUGCCGCUGCCGGCGCCCUACAUCCUGGCUGCCCAGAGAUACCAUGCAGAACUGCUCGCAGGGCUACAGCAGUCUUGCCUGCCACCGCUCUGGACGUGGCGCGAUACGAGUCAGUUCUCACAUUACACUUUAAACUCGUGAAUGGUACUUCGCUACGUCAAAGAAGAUCUCAAUAGUGUUAGUUGUAAAAUGUAGAGGCGCCUUGUAGCCUGUAACAGUAUUUAUUUAGAGUAACAGAGUCAAUAUACCCUCGUAUACGCUCAUACUGAUGACAAUUGACGUUAUAUUGGUAUGCAAACUCAUAAAAAUAUGUAAGUCCCAAUCAAUUAAGAGUCAUCAUAUUUAGCAAUACAGUGUUAGUAUAUAAUUAAUUUAUUAAAUGAAAUAAAUACCUGUGAUAUUUAAGUUAAAUGUUGCAUUGUAAAUAUGUACAGUUUUUAAUUAAAUGUAAUUAAAUUAAUUGUAAUUUAUUGUAAUCGUAAUGAAGAGAAAUAUAAUGUAUGUGUUAACCGUU